UGUUCGUCGUAACCUUACUCAAGUUGACCCAAGGCUUCCUAAAGAAAUAAAAAAUAUUAUCUUGUUUUUGAAAGAGGAAAAAAAUGUUUUAUCAAGCUUGCAAAACAUUUCUGAGGAACGAAGGGAAGCAAGUAGACUUCUUCGCGUUUGGGGUAAGGAAGGUGGCGACGACCUCGAGGAUAUUACCAAUAGUCUGGCCGAUUUGUUGACAAAGGUUUCUGACGUCGAGCAAGUUUUGACAGAAAAGUAUGGGCAUUAUAGGAAUCUUCUCAAAGAAAUUCGCACGGCCGAAGAAGCUCUCAUCCCUUCGAGGGAACGUAAACGGAAGAUACAGGAGGAAAUACAAAGAUUUCAAAAAUCACAUCCCAAGUCUCCGCGCAUUCCAGAACUUGAAGCCGAUCUUGCGCACGUGAAUAAGGAAUCUGAGUCAGAAGAAGCAGAAGUCGGAAAUACCAUCAGAAAAAAAUUAAAAGAAGCCUUGAAACUCUAUCUCGAGGCCAUGUUUGAGAGUGCCGAAAAGAUUGCAAUUAUUUCGGGUUUCGGAUGGGAUAUUGUCGACCUGAUUUAUGACACACCAUGCAAACUUAACUCUGAAAGGCCGAUAUAUGAAGGAAGAGAAAUCACUCAACAAGUAAUCAAGGAUUGUCAAGUUUCCCUGCUCCGUUGGCAACCUUCGUCGACGGACAUCCGACCUCUUUUGCCUGCAUUGACCAACACAGCCCCGGCUGCUUUAGCCGCUCAAAAGCAAGAAUAUGAAACAAAAUUAAAUCAACUCACUGCCUCGAUGAAUAGUUUGAAAGAAGAACACGAAUCUCAAGUCAAAGAUUUUGCUUCCAAGUUGGAAGAUCAGAAGAAAUCUUAUGAAACUCAAGUUAACGACUUUAUCGCUGCCUUGGAAAACCAGAAAAAAGGCUACGAAGCACAAUUAAACGAUUUGUCUUCCGCUCUUUCCGAAGAGAAGCAAACAUUUGAACAGAAAAUUAAUGAAGCCAAUGCCGCUUUGGCCGCUCAGAAGGAGCAAUACGAUGUACAGAUUUCCGAACUGAAUUCCGUUUUUGAAACUGAGAGGCAAACGUCGGAGAAGAGGUUCAACGAAAUUUCGGCGUUGUUAGAUACACAGAGGAAACAGUACGAGACGCAGCUUAAAGAAUAUAAUGCUUUGAUAACGACAAAACAAGAAUACGAGGUUGCAUUAAAAGAGCGCGAUUCGAUCAUAUCCAAGCUUCAGAGUGACAUCAGUAGCGUCGCCACAGAGAAGGGUAAACUAAGUCAAUUGGUAAAGGAUCUAGAAGAGGCUCUCAAGUCAAAAUCUACGGUUGACCAGAAAGAGGACAAGGUUGGAAAGCUAGAAGAUGAGAUUACCAGUAUAAAGAAUCAACUUUCAGGAUUGAAGUUUACCUCAUCGGUUAACACAUCGCAAUU